AUGCCACCAACACUUAUCCUAGUCCGCCACGCUCAGGCCCUCCAUAACCUCGGCCAGACACAAUGCCGCUCCCUCCGCAAGCACUUCUUCAAGACUGAGGUGCCCGAUAAGUACCAAAUCAGCCUCAUCAUCGUCUCCCCCAUGCGCCGCACCAUCGAAACGGCGCUCCUUUCCUUCGGCAACUACGCCAAGGAAAACAACAUCCCCAUUAUUGCCAACGCCGGCUGGCAGGAGAACAGCGAUAAGCCCUGCGACACGGGUUCAUCCAUCGAGGAGCUGUCCAAAGAGUUUCCCGAGGUCGACUUUUCACGAGUCGACCAAGUCUGGCCCGACAAGAGCCGCAAGUCAGAGAAGGCCAAGAAGUACUGGUACACCAAAGAUGCGAUUCUGCAAAGAGGAGAGGAUGUGCUAAAGGAGAUCGAGGCCAAGGUGUGGCCUGAGAUGGAGGAUGGCAGGGCUGUGAUUGUAGUCAGCCAUUCGGGCUUUUUGAGGUCGGGAGUCACCGGUUGGUGGUUUAACAAUGGCGAUUAUCGGAUAUUUGAGAUCGAGGAGAGAGAGGUCAAAGAGGGCAGGCCGUCGUUGAAGCAGAUCACGGGUGUGAAGGGCGGCAUGGGUGAGAGUUUCGAGACGCCGCCGGGUAUUGGUGGGGAUUUGCCUGAGGCGGCGGUUGGAGGGUUGAGUGUUGGUACACUGCCGUGA